UUUUCCUCUCCCUCUUUCUCCCUUUCUUUCCCUCUAUCUCUCUCGAACACUAACCUUGGCUCGACGUCAGAGCCUGUGCAGCAGUGCAGUAUGCUGGGAGCUCAGGCAAUCCGGAGCGCCUCAUAGGGAGGCUGCACAUCGCUGCUGUAUCCUCUGCUUGGCGCUCGCUCUCUCUCUCUCUCUCUCUCUCUCCCUCCAGCGUCUCAUCAACCUCUCUCUACCACACCACACCACCUACCCACAGCCCACGCUCGGGCUCCCCCCCCUCCUCACUGGAUUCGUACCCUUCGUCAUGGAUGUCCCGCCGUCACUGGAGCCGGAGGAUUGCUGUUUCCUGGCGCAGUAAAGGAGGAGGAGAAGGCGAAGAAGGAGAAGGAGAAGGAGGUGACGGGAGUCACGCCGGGACUGCUAAUGGAUUUGGGGAAAGCGCAAGUGACCAUGCCGUGAUCUUGCGCAUCCAGGGCCGCCGUCACCCUGCCUUGCCGAGUGUCCGUAUUCCGAAUUGACCGUGGGAAUCGAACCCGCGCACCGGGGGAGGAGAAAGAAGAAAAACAAACAAACAGAAAAAAACAACAACAACACCGUGCAUCUUUUUAGUUUAUUUUUUAAACAACAUGAAGAUUACCUCCCAUCAUCUGAUGGUCACCAGUCUCGUUUUCAGGUCCAACCUCCGGCUGAUCCCGCUUCUGCUGCUGCUGUUUCUUGGUUACACUCGCGGGAUGCAACACGUUUUGAGAUUUGGAGGAAUAUUUGAAUCCAUUGAGAGCGGCCCCUCAGGCGCAGAGGAACUUGCCUUCAAAUUUGCCUUGAACACAAUCAACAGGAACCGCACCUUGCUCCCCAACACCACGCUGACCUAUGACAUCCAGAGAAUAAACAUCUUUGACAGCUUUGAGGCCUCCAGAAAAGCAUGUGAUCAGCUUUCCCUCGGCGUGGCGGCCAUUUUUGGCCCCUCACACAGCUCGUCGGCCAAUGCCGUCCAGUCCAUCUGCAACGCUCUGGGCGUGCCUCACAUCCAGACCAAGUGGAAGCACCAGGUGUCCGACAACAGGGAUUCCUAUUAUGUCAGCUUGUACCCCGACUUCUCGUCCCUCAGCAGAGCCAUCCUGGACCUGGUGCACUUCUUCAAGUGGAGGACGGUCACUGUCGUUUAUGACGACAGCACAGGUACAGGUCUCAUUCGACUGCAGGAGCUCAUCAAGGCACCGUCACGGUACAACAUCCGUUUGAAGAUUCGACAGCUGUCCACGGAGACUAAGGAUGCCAAGCCUCUGCUGAAGGAGAUGAAGAAAGCCAAGGAGUUUCACAUAAUCUUCGACUGUGGCCAUGAGAUGGCUGCCUGGAUCCUGAAGCAGGCUCUCGCCAUGGGUAUGAUGACGGAGUACUACCAUUAUAUUUUUACUACUCUGGACCUCUUUGCUCUGGACAUGGAGCCGUAUCGUUUCAGUGGAGUCAACAUGACUGGGUUCCGCAUCCUCAACACGGAAAAUUCUCAAGUGACGUCAAUCAUCGAGAAGUGGUCAAUGGAGCGGCUACAAGCUCCGCCCAAACCGGACUCAGGCCUGCUGGAUGGAUUCAUGACGACGGAUGCAGCACUGAUGUACGACGCUGUGCAUGUGGUGGCGGUGGCCGUGCAGCAGUCGCAGCAGAUCACUGUCAGCUCUCUGCAGUGCAACCGACACAAACCCUGGCGCUUCGGAGGGCGCUUCAUCAGCCUUAUUAAAGAGGCUCACUGGGAUGGCCUGACCGGACGUGUUCUCUUCAAUAAGACAAACGGACUGAGGACGGAUUUUGACCUGGAUGUAAUCAGUCUGAAAGAGGACGGGCUGGAGAAGAUUGGAACGUGGGAUCCAAACAGUGGACUGAACAUGACAGACACUCACAAGAGCAAGACCUCCAACAUUACUGACUCUCUGGCCAACAAGUCUCUGCGAGUGUCUACCAUCCUGGAGGAACCGUACGUGAUGUUCAAGAAGUCGGACAAACCUCUGUAUGGAAACGACCGCUUCGAGGGUUACUGCAUCGACCUCCUGAGGGAGCUCUCGGCCAUCCUGGGUUUCCGCUAUGAGGUGCGAUUGGUGGAAGACGGGAAGUACGGCACACUGGAUGACAGCUCUGGGCAGUGGAACGGCAUGGUGCGAGAGCUCAUAGAUCAUAAAGCAGACUUGGCAGUGGCUCCUCUGACCAUCACCUAUGCCAGAGAGAAGGCCAUCGACUUUUCCAAACCCUACAUGACGCUGGGGAUAAGUAUCCUGUACCGCAAGCCCAACGGCACCAACCCGGGGGUCUUCUCCUUCCUCAACCCCCUCUCUCCUGAUAUCUGGAUGUAUAUUCUGCUGGCUUGCUUGGGUGUCAGUUGUGUGCUGUUUGUCAUAGCCAGGUUCAGCCCCUACGAGUGGUACAACCCCCAUCCAUGCAACCCCGACUCGGAUGUAGUGGAAAACAAUUUUACGCUGCUCAAUAGUUUCUGGUUUGGAGUUGGGGCUCUCAUGCAGCAAGGCUCAGAGCUCAUGCCCAAGGCCCUCUCCACUCGGAUAGUGGGAGGAAUCUGGUGGUUCUUCACCCUCAUCAUCAUCUCCUCCUACACGGCCAACCUGGCUGCUUUUCUCACCGUGGAGAGGAUGGAGUCGCCCAUAGACUCAGCCGACGACUUGGCCAAACAGACCAAAAUCCUGUACGGCGUGGUGGAGGACGGGGCCACCAUGACCUUCUUCAAGAAGACCAAAAUCUCCACCUACGACAAGAUGUGGGAGUUCAUGAACAGCAGGAGGCAGUCUGUGAUGGUGAAGGACGUGGAGGAGGGCAUCCAGCGUGUCCUCACCUCCGACUACGCCUUCCUCAUGGAGUCCACCACCAUCGAGUUUGUCACCCAGCGCAACUGUAACCUCACUCAGAUUGGUGACCUCAUCGACUCUAAGGCCUACGGAGUGGGAACGCCCAUGGGCUCUCCGUACAGAGACAAAAUCACAAUAGCCAUUCUGCAGCUGCAGGAGGAAGGGAAGCUCCACAUGAUGAAGGAGAAGUGGUGGAGAGGGAACGGCUGUCCUGAAGAGGAGAGCAAAGAGGCCAGCGCGCUGGGGGUGCAGAACAUCGGCGGCAUCUUCAUCGUGCUGGCCGCCGGGCUGGUGCUGUCCGUGUUUGUGGCUGUGGGGGAGGUCCUUUACAAGUCCAAACAGAACGCACAGCUGGAGAAGCGGUCGUUCUGCAGUGCCAUGAUGGACGAGCUGCGCGUCUCUCUGAAGUGCCAGCGCCGUCUCAAACAAAAGCCUCAGCCUCCUGUCAUCGUCAAGACGGAGGAGGUCAUUAACAUGCACACGUUUAACGACAGGAGGCUCCCGGGGAAGGAAACCAUGGCAUGAGCACCGAGUCAAACCCCGAAACUCUGCCCCUCGGUGGGAACUACACGGAGGGGAGAGACUGGGUGGAAGGACUGCUGACUUAAAGACAAACUGAAGUUAGUGGUCCAAACAGGAUUCCUUUUGAACCUUCUUGCUUACGUAGACAGAUGUUUCCUGUGGAAAUACAGAUGCCUGAGCAGUGUCACCUCACUGUGACGUCCACGUUUUGACGAGGGAAACCAAGAAGACAACAGGACCUUCCGGGGGGGGAGGGGGGGUUGUGCCUGCGGAGGGUGUAGAUGGUAAUGAUCCGAGCCGGUGUGGGCGUAAAACACGAGUGUGUUUACAACCAACACACACACACACGUGCAGUAAAUAUCGUAUAUAAGAAGAUGUGUGCGUCUGACACAUGAAAUGUGUGCAGAUCGAGGAAAAUUCUAUUGUGACUGUGAGACCAGAUGUAGUUUUUCUCUGUCGAUGUCAAUGCCCUUUGUCUUAUCUCUCUCUCUCUCCCUCUCUCUCUUUAUGUGUGUGCGUGGGGGUCGGCGCGUGUCAGCCCCUCCCCUUCUGUGUUUCCUCUAAGACGAUUGGAACAAACUCCUAUUACCAGUAAAACCAACAGUAGACCGAUCCAAAAUGGUUUCCCAUGAACUGAUGUGUGAAGUCGACGACGUUUAGUUUGAAUCAUCUGUACCAACGCACCGUAGUUACAUCAUUUCUCUUCUGUCAGGCCUUUCUCGUGCCAAAGUUCUAACAUUGUACAGGAACUUCUCAUCCAACAUCAACGUCCUUUCAUAGACACACACACACACACACACACACACACCUCCUGCAGCUUUCACUCUGUAUCAGUUGUUUAAAAAAAAAUUCCAGUAUUUCUACAAAGAUGUUUGUUUUUUUGUACAACAAAAAUAACUUUUGUAGUACUUUGUAUCAUUGUAGCCCCACCCUGUGGUUGAAAAUGUAGCAGAUGCCAAAUCAGCCCUCAAACUCUGACACCUGGUGGCUAUUCCUGGGGCGUUGGAGUGUGGGGUUCAUAAUUCUCAGUCUUUUUUUCCCCAUCACUCUCCCAUUGGAGUCAUCCCAGCUGUACAUGAUGUCUGGAGACAAUGUGUGGUGGAAUCUGGUGGCCCAAGAAAAUGCAACGCAAAAGUGGUGAGUCACUACAUGAAUCACAACUCUCUGCAAAGUCUUUCUGACAGGUGUGGUGAAGCCGGCGAUAGCUGUUAUGACUCAGCCGGAAAAACAGAGUAAAAUAUCAAACCGUGGCUGAGGAUGAAGUGGAAAUACCCACUUACACUCGGAGAAAAGUAUAAUAACGUGUUCAUCUGACUGAAACUUAGGUUUCAAAAUAUUUCUACAUGUUAGCCUAACUGAAAUAGUACAAGUCCAGAUCACAACCAGGUACUGUAGUACAAUGUACUGUAUGUUGAACGUAAAUUAUUACGAGGCAGCAGACUUGUAAUAAAUGAUUAAAACACUUUAAAUUGUCUAAAUAAAUAAAGUGGUUCUUCUUGGGAUUACUGUAAUUGCUGCUAGCUUUCUUUAGGUUUAUUAGCCACCAGCUAAUUAGUAUUUGCAAAACUCAUCAUGU